AAGUUUUCUAUGCAUAUGUAGUCUAUAGGUGGGAGGUUAUAAACUCUUUAACAUUCGAAUGUCAAAGUUGUAAACACCCGGGUUAAUUUAUCGAAAAUUUUGCUGAUUUUACCCAUUUAUACCAUCCAAAUCAAUUUACAAUAAAAUGGCUGCAUUAGAGAACCAAGUGCUGCAGGUGACAAAUUUGCUCGAAAAACAAAUAGAUACUGCUAUUGAACAAAUCGACAAUUUGGAUGUCAACGACUUGGAACAAAUUAGGAAGGCUCGAAUGGAAGAGCUCAAGAAACUCGAGGACAAAAAACGUGAGUGGUUAUCAAACGGACAUGGGAAAUAUGAAGAAUUGGCUGAAGAGAAAAUGUUUUUUGAUAUCAUAAAGAAGUCUGAUAAUGUAGUAAUACAUUUUUUUACUGGUAGUUCACCAAGAUGUGAGAUUGUUGAUAAACACUUAAAAAUCUUGGCCCCAAAACAUAUUGAAACCCUGUUCACAAAACUGAAUGCAGAGAAAUGUCCAUUUUUGGCAGAAAAACUGAGAAUCAAAACCAUUCCCUCCAUAGUUUUAAUUCAAAAUAGUGUUAUGAUUGAUAAAAUAGUUGGAUUUACACAGUUGGGUAACAGAGAUGAUUUCACAACUGAUGUGAUGGAAUGGAGAAUUGCCCAGAAUAAUGUGAUUAAUUAUGAGGGUGACCUUUCCACACCACCUGAUCAGCAACAGAAGAAAUCAACAAAAUCAACUAGUGGUGGCAGGAAAAUCAGAGAUGGCUACUACAACAGAGAUGAUUAUGAUCUUGACAUUGAAGAAGAAGCAAUUGCUAGAGACAAUUUGAAAUCUGAACAAGGAUUUAAGAUCAAAAGUGAACAUUUGUCUACAGAACUUACAGAGGAAGAAGCUGCUGAAUUAGGACUGGAUGAUUAAAUUAUACUACAGUAUUUUUAACAUGUUUCUGAGCUUUAACAAUUUUUUUAUUAAUAUCUAUCCUCAAUACUAUUUUGAUUCACUUUCAAAAUACUUUAUUUACAUUUAAUAUAUUUUAUUCACUUU